AUCAUACCUUACUCCAGCACUACUGUACAACACCCACUCCACGCUCGUCGUCGGCCUAUCCACCCCACCAUCCUUUACACCUUAUUCGCAUUGUUCCUCGCAGCAUGCACCCGGACCGUUGCAACACCCCUCGCUAGCCUUGCACCAGCAUUGCCAUGAAUUUCAACAGGCCCAAGCCCGCUGGCGCUCCUGUCAUCCGCAAGACAAUCGUCCGCAAGCCCAUCACACAGACGGUCAGGCCUGCGCUGUCCACGGGCACGGGCUCUACACUGCCAGCGCCUGUUCGGGAACACGAUCCAAACAGAUUCAGGCCCACCGGCACGCCCAUCACGAGGACGAAGCCUGCCAACCCUGCGAAACGAGCUGUCGCCAACGCGAGAGGAGUGAAGAGGAAGAGCGCUACUCCCGACCGACACAUCUGGAGCGACGACGAGGGCGACAGUAGUGAUAUUGGUGGGAGCGACUCGGAUGUGUCGCGCAAGCGCAUCAAGAGCAGUGUCAGCUCACUAGACAGCCAUGGCUCGAGGAGACCGCUGCUCUCUGCCACUUCCUUCAAGGCGGGCACCAUGUUAGCUAUUGUGCAUGGCGCAGAUGCCACCUCUGGUCGCUAUGCCGAGAACUUCAAGAAUCCCUGGGGCGAGGAAGAGUUUGAAUCGUGCAAGCUUCAGUACCCUAGCAGGGGCCAAAGGGAGAAGUUUCAGCUCAAGUGGCCCAAGACCGAAAAGAAGGAAGACUACAGGCCGAUGGAGGAUAUCAUUGAGACUGUGGACACCGUCUGCCAGAAUUACCUGCCAGAGGACAUGGCUGCACAGUACACGAACCCAGAGACGGGCUUUCGGCGACGCUUCAAUCUCGCAUGGCAAAAGGAGGACGCUGUGGAGUUUGUGGAAAUCGUUCGGGAUUACAACAAGCUCAUGAAGUCGCUGAUCGAUGACGGUACAAUCGAGACGGUGCUUCGAAGCAAAAGCCAUCUAUCCCUGGACUGGGUGAGGCGAAUUCUGGAGCAGACGUACUCGCGAACGGUAUCGCCGAACGUCGACAACUUGCGCAAAUACGAGGCAUUUAGUGAAAACGUCUAUGGCGAGCUUCUCCCACGAUUCUGCAGCGACAUUUUCAAGAAGACGAAACUUACUCACGAGAUGAAAUUCGUCGACCUGGGAUCUGGUGUCGGCAAUGUCGUCCUGCAGGCCGCACUGGAAGUUGGCUGUGACAGUACUGGAAUUGAGAUGAUGCCCAAUCCCUGCGAUGCUGCCGAGUUGCAGGAGAAGGAGUUCCCUGGCCGAACCAAGCUAUGGGGUGUCCAAGCGGGCAAGAUUCAGCUUCUACGAGGCGACUUUCUCGAGCAUCCCAAAGUUCCUAGGAUCCUGCAGGAGGCUGAUGUGGUGCUGGUUAACAACCAAGCAUUCUCGUCGGACCUCAACGGCCACCUACUGAGCAUGUUUCUGGAUCUCAAAGAUGGGUGCCAGGUAGUGAGUCUCAAGCCAUUCGUGCCAGAUGGCCAUAAGAUGUCGACGCGCAACAUCGAUUCGGUGGUAAACUUGUUUGUCCAGCAAAAGUUUGAAUACUUUUCCGACAGCGUCAGUUGGGGCGCUGCGCAAGGCAAUUGGUAUAUUGCGAGGAAGGACCCCGGUCCUAUGCAGAGAUUUCGGAAGGCGAAUGGGCUGUAGGACAGGGCGCGCUCGACAGGAUUGCAUAGAGAAGACUUGUGGAGAUUGUGGACGUUGCAUGAGGGCGAGGAUGAUUGCUAGGCUUGCGCGAAUUCUUUGAGUUGCAUGGGAAGGCACUUUGGAUCAGAUACCCAGUGAGCAUUCUUGAGCGAGCAUUGUAUAGUUGGCAUUGUCAUUGGUGUAUGAGCGAAGUGAUGAGUAGAGUAGAACAGUUUUAAAUUCGUGCAUGGGUAUGUAUACCUCUUGCAUGAGAAUGGAAC